AAAGCUAAACACAUGUAAUCUCUAUCUCAACAGUUUUAAUUUACAAUUUCAGAAUGAGUUUUUUUGGUUUUGGACAGUCUGCAGAAGUUUCAAUUGUAUUAGCAAACUCUGAAAGCAGAAAGCAAGUGGAGUUAAAGACAGAAGAUGGUAGACGAGAAAAAUUUCAUCUUUAUUAUGAUGGAGAAACUGUAGCAGGAACAGUAAAUGUGAAUCUAAAAAAUCCUGGCAAAAAGUUGGAACAUCAAGGAAUAAAAGUUGAAUUUAUCGGACAAAUAGAGCUUUUCUAUGAUCGUGGCAACCAUCAUGAAUUUACAUCAUUAGUCAAAGAGUUAGUCAAGCCUGGUGAAAUGACAACAAAUGGUUCUUACAAGUUCGAAUUUGUGAAUGUUGAAAAACCGUAUGAAUCAUACACAGGACAAAAUGUUAGAUUGAGGUAUUUUCUUAAAGUCUCAAUUGUACGUCGCCUUGCAGACAUCACGAAAGAAUUGGAUAUAGCUGUCCAUACACUGUCCACAUAUCCAGAAAUGAACAAUAGUAUUAAAAUGGAAGUGGGCAUAGAAGAUUGUUUACACAUAGAGUUCGAAUACAAUAAAUCAAAAUAUCAUUUAAAAGAUGUGAUUGUGGGCAAGAUCUACUUUCUGCUUGUUCGUAUUAAAAUUCGUCAUAUGGAACUGGCAAUUAUUAAGAGGGAGAUUGCAGGAACAGGGCCGAACACAUAUACUGAGAAUGAAACCAUUGCUAAGUAUGAAAUUAUGGAUGGUGCGCCUGUUAGAGGUGAAUCGAUUCCUAUUCGUUUGUUUUUAUCUGGAUAUGAACUGACGCCGACAAUGAAGGAUAUAAAUAAAAAGUUUUCGACACGUUACUUUCUUAAUCUGGUUCUUAUCGACGAAGAAGAGCGAAGAUAUUUCAAGCAGCAAGAAAUUAUUUUGUGGCGAAAGGGAGACAUACCGAAACGUACAACAAUUGCUGGUCUCGAAGCUAAGUACGAACGGACGUGAAUAGGAGACAUGUAGCUGAAAGUAUACAGUGAACAAUUUAGAAAAUAAUCCUAUUUUGUAUUAUGUUUGUUUUUUAUACAUAUGAAUAUCUUUCUGUGCACCAAAAUUUUUUUGUGGCAUACAAACCUACUAGCGGAAACAUGAAUUUAGUUUUACUUUUACCUUGUGUAAUUUCAUAGUUUUUCUAAACACACAGAGCAAGGAUUUAUCUUCGUUCUUUAAACUUUAUUUUGUAGCAGUUGUUAGUAAAUGCAAAAAUAAAUACACCAACGAGUUGACAAUAUUGUUGAACGUUCGUUGACGAUAUUGUUUAACGCUCGUUGCGAUAUUGUUGAACGUUCGUUGCGAUAGGUCUUUUCAGUUGAUUUUGUCGCCAAGCCAUCUUUAUGUAAAUUUUUGAUCUUGUUAAUUUUAAAUAAAAAAUAAUGAGAAAUAAACGAAGAUUCUGUGGAAA